AUGAAUAUUUUUCGACUUUUUGGUGAUAUAUCACACUUUGUUGCCAUUAUUAUCUUACUGCUAAAAAUAUGGAAAACCAGAUCUUGCGCGGGUAUAUCUGGCAAAUCGCAGCUCGCAUUUGCUAUCGUGUUUAGUGCACGAUAUUUGGACAUAUUCAUGUAUUUUAUUUCUCUGUAUAAUACAUUCGCCAAAGUUGUCUUUAUUGUCUCUUCUUAUGCGACCCUCUACUUGAUGUACUUCAAGUUUAAAGCUACCUACGAUAGGAACCAUGACACAUUCCGCUUGGAAUUUCUUAUCAUUCCUAGUGCCGUACUAGCUUUAAUCUUUAACUACCACUUCUCUCCAUUUGAGAUUUUGUGGACAUUCUCUAUCUACCUCGAGUCGGUUGCAAUUCUGCCGCAACUGUUCUUAAUAUCAAAGACAGGUGAAGCUGAGACAAUAACUUCACACUACCUGUUUGCUCUUGGUUCAUACCGAGCUCUUUAUAUUUUAAACUGGUUAUUCCGAUAUAUUUUUGAGGGCUAUGUUGACUAUAUUGCUAUUAUUGCUGGUGUUGUGCAAACUGUGCUCUAUCUAGAUUUCUUCUAUCUCUACGUUACUAAAGGUAAGCUCUCGUUUGUAUUUUCUUAA